AUGACGCCGCCAGUUUAUCGCAACUGGAAGAACCCCACUCCUCAGGACUUAGAAUUUCUCAGAACUUUAACUGAUCGCCAAAAGUCUGAAAUAUUCCCGUUGCCAGUCACGAACAAGUCACACCCUGCUGUUCGUGCCGGUUUGGAUGAGUGCUUCGAAUGUGGCAAUUUCGGACACAGCCGUCUCACUCCUGGAGGAUGCACUAACAAAGAUACCACCAAAAAGCGGCCUGACUUCGAUAGUUGGCGUCGAGCAGACAACGGCAAGAGGUAUAUCUUGAGCAAGAUACGCAUGUCGGAUGCAGACCUUCGAGCUCUAUCUGCUAUUGGUGGUCCGCAAAACCCAAUAGAAAUAAAGGACAAUGAUGCCCCUGUGGUUUCAUCAUCACCUCCGACCUUGACCACUAACACAAGUCAGGCUAGUACGGAAGCGAGUCAUGAGUCUUCGCAGACAACCGUACCCUCGAUUGGUGACGUGUUUUCCGCUAAUAACUUGGGGAUCGUUCCGGCCACGAACGGAUCAGCCGACUUUGCCGCUGGAACUACUGAAUACGCUGUUGAAUAUCUUUCCGACCUUGCGAAGUCCAGCAUAGGAACUGAAGCAGUAGCCAACAUAUUGUCUAACACACCUUCUAACGCGAAGGUCAUUAUUAUGACAAAAAUCAUCGUAUUGCCACCAGGGGCGGCCGGAAUGCCUCGCGAUGAGGAACUCAAACUAUCUGGCGAACAAAUAACCGAUCACCGUGAUAUGUUUGCCGAACGUCAUGAGUAUCCUCAUAAAUUGACAAACCUUUCAAGGACGCUGAUAGCAUUGAUUGCUUUUCCUUGUUAG